AGCUACUGUGAUAUGACAGAUGAAGGUUGUUCUGAUGUGACUUCAGCUCUGAAAUCAAACCUGUCACACCUGAGAGAGUUGGACCUGAGCUGGAAUAAUCUAGGAGACUCAGGAGUGAAAAACUUCAGUGAUCUACUGAUGAACCCACAAUUCAAUCUGGAGAAACUACAUCUAUAUCGCUGUGCCAUUACAGAUGUUUCUUCUUUAACUCAGUCUUUGACGAACUCAAAAGCACUGCAGGUUUUAAAAGAGCUUGAUCUGAGAGACAAUAAGAUAGGAUACUCAAAGCAGCGGCUCAGAGACAAGCUACGUGACUCAAACUGUGUCCUGAGUGUAGAUUAAGAUCGAUCGGCCAACGUCAGUGAAUUUCCAUCAAGAUUUAAAUCUGUGAAACGGAGAUGAGAGGAGCAGAAACCAUCAGGUGAUCCACAGAAGAGUCUCACUGCUGUCUAUGAGGAGAAAUACAUGUGUAAAUGUGUUUCAUACAGGUGGAAGAGACUCAGACUUCACUAUUAAAUAAAGCAGCGUGUGUGUUAGCAUGCGUAUUAGAAACA